CAGCCUCCCGCCACUUGGACUGAAGCUUGAAGGAAGCGACGAGAAAAGCGACUCUUGUUGUUUUGUUCUGCGGAAAAAAGUCACCAACAACUUAAUGAAGGUGGUCACGUGACAGUUGGCGCCGGAAGCGGAGCUUCAUGAUUUCGGUUUGUGACGUCAUGUGAUAGACGAGGCGGGGGGAAAGGUGAGUUGAAACAUUCACGUGCGGCUGCUGCUGCUGCUGCAGCUUGAUGCAAGCAAGCAAGCAAGCACGCCAACGUAGAUGCAAAGUGUUCAAGAGAAGGAAUCGAGCUUCUCGAAACAAUGCGAUGUGAGUUUGUGUUGUUCACGUGUCACGACCUGACGUCAUAUGGCGUCAUAAAACACAUCACGAAGCAGACAUAUAGCAGAAGAAAGUGCACGCCAAAGUAGACCUGAUGGAGUACACGCAAAAGUAGACAGCGUCAGACCUCCCAGAGACAGGAAGUAGUGUUUGUAGUUUCAGUUUCAGCAGCAUCCACCUGUCUGACUUCCUGUUUCUUCUUCCAGUUACUUUGUGGUAUUCUACCUUUGAAGGUUCGGAGGUCCACGAUGGGAUCCUUCCGACGCUCCAGGCCUCGAUUCAUGAGCUCCCCGGUUCUGUCGGACCUGGCCCGCUUCCACGCCAGCUCGGCUGCUCCACACGUGGCCAACAGUAGUGUGUGGAACAGUGUCCAAUCAGCAGUGAUGAAGGUGUUCCAGGGCGGCGCUCUGCAGGCUAACGAGCUGUAUACGCUUAACGAGAGCAUCAGGUGGCUCCUUAAAACAGAGAUGGGCUCCUUCAUUGCAGAUUACUUCCAGAACCAGCUGCUGACCGGAGGCCUAGCUGAGGUUCUGGAUCGGAUCUUCAUCUCUGGAGGCAAAGAGCAGCUGGUGGUCUUGGCCGAGGCGUGGGACCGCUUCUUUACGGAGACGCUGCCCACCCUGCAGGCCAUCUUUUACCCUGUACAGGGUCAGGAGCUGUCUGUUAGGCAGAUGGCUCUGUUGGCCUUCAGGGACUUGGUGCUGUUGAGGCUCCACCUAGAGGACAUUUUGGCAAGUGCCGCCUCCGUCCCCCCGAGCGUCACACACAUGCUGCUGGUUCUCCAGGGCAUUCACGAGUCCGGCGGUACCAGCGAGCGGUACCAGCAGCUGGAGCGCCUAGUGGCCAUGGUGGUCUCGCCGUACCUCAGCGACGUCCUCGCAAGAGAGCGCCAGCCCUCAGAGUGCCAGCAUCUGCGGUGGUUGCUAGGCGACGGAUUGCAGCCCGACGUGACCCAGCCGCCAAUGUGUGAGUGCUCCUCUCUGGCGACCCUGGUGGAACAAGAAGGGGAGAGCUACUUGGAUAAGUCUGGCGGAAUGCGGCGCCACACUGUGGCCAACGUCCACGCCGACGUGCGGCUGCUGUCUAGCAGGAUGCAUCGUGGAACGGAGGCAGACUGCCCGGACGUGGUCGUAACUGUGGCCUUCUCAGACGAGGCCGUCAAGGCCAGACGGUUCUGCAGCCAACCCGAUAUGAACGAGUCGCAGAGUAGCGGCGGUAGCAGCUAAGACAGGAAAUAGACUGGGAUUGGACAGGAAACGGGAAAUGAAAGGACAGCUUUCAAAAUAAAACUGCACACCUGCCACCAAGCUGGUGAAUGUAGCAUAGCAUGUGUGGACUGAGCUACGUACAUGCCAACCAGGGAUAGAACAGGAUGUUUACUAUCAACUUCCUCUUUUAGGAAUCUUGUUUUGGGAAAAUAAAGAUGAUUCU